UGAGAGCCUCACGCCGGAGUGCUCUGCAUUACAUUCGUGAUUCAAAUUGCUGCACACAUGAGAUUAGAGGCACAUCCACCAGCUGCCUCUCGAGCUCUGUCUAAUCUACCGGCCUUGCUACUCCGGGCUCUUGCGAGGACCGCUGAUCUUGUUUCUGGCCACAAACUCACAUGUUCGACGUGGACUUUAUUGGCGGGUAGUCGCAUACGGCAGGGAAGCGAUCCUUCGGCACACCGCCGACAGGCCAUUCGGCCCGCAUUUGUACGAUGGCCGAAGCUCAAUCGGGAUCAGUGCGCUUUCUCCUAUCCUUGUCGAAUCUGCGCCCAGCUGCGAUUCCGUCUUUACUAAAUUCGUCACCUCAGCUUCCAGCUGCUCUCACAAAUACGCUCGCAUGGCUGGCUGCCCAGUCCAUCAACUUUGGCUCGCAGCGCCGUCCUCAAGGUCAGGCGGCUGUUGCGAUAUCUCAGGAUGUUGGAAACUCUUCAUACGAAUUCGUGCAUCUACUUGUGAGAGUGUUGCAAGAAGGAGAUCCAACGCUUAUCAGGAUGCUCCUGCCGCAAGCAACCACGCUCCUCCACCUCGUCAUCGUGGUGCACCUUGCCCCUCAUUCUGGGGAUGCUCGAAGCAUCAAGGGACGAAGACUCGCCCUUGCCGGCCUGCGCGCCAUCUUCAGGCGAAUACUCACCCCUGAAGAGAGCGUGCACCUCGUACGAGCCGCCAUUGAUGGACUGCAUGAUGACGAAAGCUGUGGCAGCGCUGCGGCCAGCCUCAGCGCACUACUCCGUGUCAUCUCCAGCAAAGCCUUGCCCAGUGAUGAGUGGGAGAAAAUGAGCCUCGACAUACAGACAGCAGCGCAGCGCAUGGAUGCUCCUUCAAGCCAAGCAGGUGGCUCAGUAGAACGUGACUUGAGUGCCUCCACCAAAGCCCUAAAUGCUCACUUACGAGACGCAGCGGCGCUUCUCGCGGCACUCCGUGGCGAACCAAUCAAGAUCGAUGGCGAUGCUACUGUCAACUAUGGGCAAGAGCUGACCACGCUUGGUCAGGGUCUUGCGCAAUCCAUCCAAAGAUCCAGAACCUUGCCAGUUCGUCCUCACGCCUCGGCCCUCGAAGCUGCUUCUCAAAGUUCACCCGAGACGGCCAAUGAACGAGUGCAGCUUGAUGCGCUGCUUAAUGUCUUGCCGCAUAUAUCGCGGAGCAAUCUCCUGGGCAAGCUGCGCUCGGACCCCAGAUACGCGGCAAGAUCGAAUGAGCAGAUCAUCGAACUGCUCUUAGAUGAUCCAGAUGGUGCUCAGACCGCAGCAUCGCCACCGUCGGCGUCUCAGAUUGCUCUGUCUCCAAGCGCAGAAAGCAUUUUACCCCCAAGAGUCGCCAAAAAGCCAAUCAGCCCGUUGCGCGAGUCUAGAGCGCGGUUCAAUUUCGAUCCUUCUCGCUUCUUGACCCGCGAUGGAGACAGGUCAUCGAGCGAGCAAGGGCUUUCCGAGGAGCUUAAGCGUUUGACGAUCGCGCGCGCAGAUGCCCCGAGCUCAGACGAAUCAGAUGUCGAUGACUUUGGCGUUGCCCGCGAUCGGGCAGUCGGUUUUGAGGAGGAGCUGGAGACAGAAAUUGAGCAACCUCAAGAUCGAAGGCGCGGCAUCUCCAAGCUCUUUGGCAUGGGUGCGAAUGCUUCUCGCUUCGCAGAGGACUACUCAACUUUUGACGAGGACACGGAAGCGGAGGAUGAGGAUGAUGAAGACCACGAGACACGUGCACCGGCCGGUGCGGCUGCUGUGAACAAUGCUGGCAGACAGAUUGUCGGCUCUUCAAACAAAGGGAAGGCUGCCGUUUCUGAUGCCACAACGCUGCAGCUUCAUUACCUCCAUCACGGCGCUAACGCGUUUGCACGCAGCGAUGCGAAUCGCAGCAGUAAGCAACGGAGGGACCUACUCGCUAGUCUAGGCGGCUCGUGGGAUCACGCACUCGUUGAGGAUUGGGGAACAGUUUUUACUAGAGAUCCGAAGAGAGAGAAGAUGCUUUCCCGACUGUCCACGAGCGACACGGCUUCCAUUCCCGCUGUAGCAAGCCGUCCGGAUGAAGACUCGGAAGAUGAGGAUCAAAGCACUCGCUUCGGCCCAGAUCGCGGACGAGGAGGUCGGGUCCUGCGCGGGGCAAGAGGCGGAGGAAGGGGAAGGGGAGGCUCGGGCCCGCGAGGUGGAUCGGAAGGCGGUGGAGGCAAGUCGAGCAGGGGUAGAGGUACGGGACAUAGCGGCACGGACCGAGGAGCGAAGAGGAAGGAGAGGCAAGGAAACGUGGCGAGGACUAGAGGGCAUGAUAGGAAGAUGAACCAGGCGGGAGGCGGAGGUGGAUUCGCGUGACCUCCUGCACGAGGGUCAGGAACUGCGCAUGCGUGUGCGUGGUUUGCAGGAUCGAACACUGCAAGCGCAAUCAAUGUCACAAUCCGUCAUUGUAGUUGCUGUGCUUCUUGUGCGCGAGCGUAUAUAGGGA